CCCCUACCCCCCCACCCCGCCCGAAGGGAAUGUGACAAAGUGUCCGGACUCCCGCGCUCUGGCUCCCAACUUUCCGCACCUUAACCAAAGCCAUGAGGCUUGGGUGACCAGACCCACUAACCUGCUUCUAGGGCCCCCGAGGGAGCUGGGUGCUGACGGCGCCCUCCCCACCCCCACCACUGGUAGCCAGCUCCCCAGCUCCCCCCCUUCCCGGCCCGCCGCCCCCGGUGGCCGGCGCGCGCGGUGCAGCAUGCGGCAAAGCUCUUUGCAUAAAUUAUGCUCAUGACGCAGCAGCUAAAAAAAUCCAAGUAGCAAAAGGAGGGGGAGAAAGGGGGGGGGAGGGAAAAGGGGGGGCCCAGGAAGGGGGAAAAGCAGAAAAAAAAAAUAUAUAUAUAUAUAUAUACCUGACCGCCCCCCCCGCUCCCCUCCCCGCUUCCCGGCCGACCCCUCUGCCCAGCGCAGCCUGCCGAGUGCCCUCCGGCUCUGCCCAGCCCGGGCUGGGGGCCCGGGGGCGGCGGCGGGUCCCGAUCGGCUCCCGGGCCGAGCCGAGCCCCGCCAAGCCGCGCUGGCUUCUUUGUCUGCGGGCGGAGGCCGCCCCGGCCCCGGCCAGCGGGUCUCCGGCCCCGGCUGUGAGAUGAAUCUCUAAUCGGUGGCCGCCGGGUAUCCGGGGCGAAGGCGGCUCGGGCUCGGGCUCCGAGUCAGGAAGAUCAUCUUGCUGUGUCCCAUCUCCUCUGCAGAAUGUGCUAGGUGGAGUCCUGCCUCCAUCCCACCCUGACCAGUGACCAUGGAUCCUGGAGCUGGGCCGGAGUCAUCUCUGACUGUCAAUGAGCAGGUCAUCGUGAUGUCAGGCCAUGAGACCAUCCGAGUUCUGGAAGUUGGUGUGGAUGCCCAGAUUCCUGUCGAGGAAGAGGGCAAAGGACUGGAGGCUAUGGCUGCUGAGGGGCCCCAGAGCAAAGGAUCUUCAGGAGUCAAUGAACCUGCUGGUGAAACUGGGCCCAAUAACUCAGACUCCGCUGCAGAGGCAACUGUGAAGUCACUCCCAGGCAUCCCACCACCCAGCCCUGCCCCAACUGUGGCUACGUUCAACCAAGCCUCAAGUCAGCCUCAGGCAUCACAAACUCUGACACCUCUGGCCGUGCAAGCUGCCCCCCAGGUCUUGACUCAGGAAAACUUAGCCACAGUUCUGACAGGAGUUAUGGUGCCAGCAGGGGCAGUUACUCAACCUCUUCUUAUCCCCAUCAGUAUUGCAGGUCAAGUGGCUGGUCAGCAGGGGCUGGCCGUGUGGACAAUUCCUACAGCAACCGUGGCUGCCCUUCCAGGACUGACCGCUGCUUCUCCCACGGGGGGGAUUUUCAAGCCACCUUUAGCCGGUCUCCAAGCAGCUGCUGUGCUGAAUGCCACUCUCCCAGCGCCCAUCCAAGCUGCCCCAUCAGUACCAACCUCCUCACCAGCCCAGCCUCGGCCGCCAGCCCAGCCCCAGACGCUGCUCCAGACCCAGCCACUACUGCAGACCACACCUGCCAUUCUACCACAACCCACUGCUUCCACAGCUACUGCUCCCACCCCCAAGCCAGUGGACACUCCCCCACAGAUCACCGUCCAGCCUGCAGGCUUCACAUUUAGCCCCGGAAUCAUCAGUGCUGCUUCCCUCGGGGGACAGACCCAGAUCCUGGGCUCCCUCACUACAACUCCAGUCAUUGCCAACGCCAUUCCCAGUGUGCCAGGGAUCAGCAACCAGAUCCUCACCAACACUCAGGGACAGGUUAUUGGAACACUGCCAUGGGUGGUGAACUCGGCCAGUGUGGCAACCCCAGCACCAGCCCAAAGCCUGCAGGUCCAGGCUGUGACCCCCCAGCUGUUAUUGAACGCCCAGGGCCAGGUGAUUGCAACCCUGGCCAGCAGCCCCCUGCCUCCGCCUGUGACUGUCCGGAAGCCAGGCACGCCUGAGUCCCCAGCUAAGAGCGAGGUGCAGGUGCAGCCCAUCCAGCCCACACCAACUAUACCCCAGUCUGCUGUGGUCAUCGCUAGUCCAGCCCCGUCAGCCAAGCCGGCUGCCUCUGCUCCCAUCCCAAUUACCUGCUCAGAGACCCCGACUGUCAGCCAGUUGGUGUCCAAGCCACACACCCCAAGCCUGGAUGAGGAUGGAAUCAACCUAGAAGAGAUCCGGGAGUUUGCCAAGAACUUUAAGAUCCGGAGACUCUCCCUGGGCCUCACACAGACUCAGGUGGGUCAGGCUCUGACUGCGACAGAAGGCCCUGCCUACAGCCAGUCAGCCAUCUGCAGGUUUGAGAAGCUGGACAUCACUCCCAAGAGUGCCCAGAAACUGAAGCCGGUACUGGAAAAAUGGCUGAAUGAAGCUGAACUCCGGAACCAGGAAGGCCAGCAGAACCUGAUGGAGUUUGUUGGGGGCGAACCCUCCAAAAAACGCAAGCGCCGCACCUCCUUCACCCCCCAGGCCAUUGAGGCUCUCAACGCCUACUUUGAGAAGAACCCACUGCCCACAGGCCAGGAGAUCACGGAGAUUGCAAAGGAGCUCAACUAUGACCGGGAAGUGGUGAGGGUCUGGUUCUGCAACCGGCGCCAGACACUCAAGAACACCAGCAAGCUGAACGUCUUUCAGAUUCCUUAGGGCUCAACCCCCAGCCCUGUGUCCCAGCACUUUGUACUUUUCCCUCAGCACCCAGUCGCAGCCCCUGCUGUGACAGCACUGUCAUCCUGCCACAUGUGACUGUGCUUGUCCUGGGUCAUGAGGCUCCACUGUGUGCAUGUGUCCAUCCCCUCACCCCCACCCACAGGUCACAUCAUGGGGAAGGCAGAGGGCCCACCACAGAGCCCCCAGCUCUAGGCUGGCCAUCUUGAAAAAGGGCAUUACAGUGUCACUUAAAGAAGCACUUUUCUAACGUGGUUUUUGAAGGGUGGAUUCUGGUUGGGAAACCAGACACUCCCCAAAGAUGGGGCAGGGGCUGCAGCAGCCCUGAAUGGACCACUGGCUAUUAGUUGUUGUUGUUAUUAUUAUUAUUGCCUCCAGGGUUAUCACUGGGGCUCCGUGCCUGCACUACAAAUCCACUGCUCCUGGUGGCCAUCUUUUUUCCAUUGUUGUUAUUGCUGUUGUUGUUGCUACCGUUGUUAUUGUUGGAUAGGACAGAGAAAUUGAGAGAGGAGGGGAAGACAGAGAGGGAGAGAGAAAGACAAACACCUGCAGACCUGCUUCACCGCUUGAGAAGCAACCCCCCUGCAGGUGGGGAGACAGGGGCUUGAACCAGAUUUUUGUGCCAGUCCUUGAGCUUCCACACUCUGUGCUUAACCCAGUGCACUACCACCUGGCCCUCAGUUCUUAUUUCUGACGGUGUUUUCUUCCUGCCCUCUCUUCCCCUUUGCUUCUCUGUGUGAGUGUGGCAGGUAAAGCAGCUAGCCCAGCCAGUAGAGCCCCAGCCUUACCCCUUCUGCCAGCAGGCACAUUCUCCCCUGGAGUACCCUAGAGACACGAUUCAGAAAAGUGUGAUGAGCUGUUCAGAAAGUCAGAUUCAGUGUCUGUCUUGACCUCAAGGUCAUAAGGUUCCCACAGUCCCAGGGCCAGAACAUGUGAUGUUCUCUCCACCUUCUCCCUGGCUCCUUGUGGGGAGGGGGGGAGGGGGAAAGAAUUGCACUAAAAGAGAAGCUAUUCUUUUGUAAUAUAUCAUGGAAGGAAGCAAGAAUGAACUCUAAGAAUGGACCUGGACUAGCAGCAGGUCAGGAACUUAGUAAAAAAAAAAAAAAAGCUGUCUUUACAGAUUUAACUCUACUCUGUCCAUGGCUGUCUCCCCUCCAGAAAAAGAGUAGGUUAAAAGAACUUAACAGUCUGGAAUAACACCAUUCAAGCAAGUAGGUAACUGGAGAAAAAUAAGACCAGAAAGACCAACUCUCUUGUCUUCACAUUUAGCUCCAAGGGCAAAGGAACAUAAAGCAGAUAGCAAGAGCCCAAGGGAAAGAUCAACAUCUAGAAAGUGCUUACAGCAUCCCAGAAAAAUCUCUUUUGGAAGGUGACUUAACUCUGAUUUUUCUUUGUAACUUUGAGCUUUGGUAACUGGAGAGGCAAUCUUAUCUUGCCCAGUCUUAAGUGAUGUGUUGUGUAGGCAGACCCCGGGUCUUCCCUGUGCCCCUCUGAGUCAAGAACACUCCAGGGUCAGGGUGGAUUUUGCCUUCAGAGGUGACAGCUAUGACGUAUUGAGGGUUGGCAUCUCACUCAAGCUGCUAAAGUGGGUUUCCCAGUCUCUUUGUGACUAGAUAACCCCCUGGAACUCAGUGCCUGACUCUGAGAAGUCAGAAAGGGCUCAGAUUGGCUUUAGAGACCAAUGGUAAAGUGUCACAAGUCACAGAGAUUAGCCACCCCCUUUCAUUAUUCUUGUCCUUACAGAACUAGAUCUCUAACUCCUGCCCUCCGCUCACCUUGCAUGAAAUGCCCUGAGGAAGUGAUGGUUGGCAUAUUCCCUGUCCUGUUUGCAAUGCCAGUGUAGGUCCACCUCUUGGAAAGCCUUUCCAGUGGUGGACACUUAUGUGUCCAAUCGCCUCUUUCUCUCUUUCUCAUCUCCUCUCAUGCUGCAUUUGGACUGCCCAUACUAGCCAGAGUAGAGAGUGGUAGUGAGAGAGCAGGUGGGCACCUUGCCUAUCCCAGCCUGCCAACAAAGAAUUGGUCUCCAAGAGGGAUGCUCUACACUCAAGUUCAGGAUUAUCAAUUUGCCUCACUUUGCAGGGGUCUUAUGUAAACAAGUUUUCAGUAAGAAUAGUUAGAAUUCUAGAGAUUGGGGAGCCGGCUAGUGGCACACCUGGUUAAGCACACAUAUCAUCAUGUGCAAGGACCAGGUUUGAGCUCCUGCUCCCCACUUGUAGGGGAGAUGCUUCAUGAGAGGUAAAACAGAUCUGCAGGUGUCUGUCUUUCUCUUUCCCUUGCUAUUUCCCCUCCCCUCUCAAUUUCUUUCUCUCCUGUGAAAGAAAAUAGAAAAAAAAUGGCUGCCAGAAGUGGUGGACUCAUGGUGCUGACACAAAGCACCAGUGAUAACCUCACUAGCAAUUAAAAAAAAAAAACACUAAAGAUUGCAAAGGCUUUGGUAACUUACACAUCAAUCAAUAGAGAGAAUGUAGGCUUUUUUCUUCACAUACAAGGGUUCCGAUUUGCUUUCUUUGUGGGGUAGAGACAAAUGGGUCAUUGUUGGUUCCCCCCAGGAGUAGCAUAUAAUCCAGGGUGUGUCUCUGGCAGUGGGUGUGCUAAGGACAUCACCUGUCCUAUGUGAUGGCAGGGGAAAAAAAUCAUGAACUGCUGUCCUAGAUUCGACCUGACCCUGCUUUCUUAGUCCUUCCCUCUUUCAAAAUCUGUCUUCCCAUGCCUGGUCUAGAACUGAAUAAUUUUUUCUGCCUAAAGAAUGGAUCGCACUUUCAAAGGAACAAUAGCAGGCAGAAUGUUUGCAGGCUGAAUUCCUGGGCAAGUUGGGUGCCUUCAGGUGUCUUGAAGUGUACUCAAAGCAGAGCUGGUGGGUUUGUGGCCUGUUCUUGUCUUCCACCUCCGCUACCACCAUAGGUACCCUGGCAAUCAGCUGUGGCCCCAAGGUGGGUUUUUUGUUUUUGUUUCAUUUUGUUUUUAGCAGCAUCUGAAGGGAGUUAAUAAGCUUUUUGGUUUUUAAAGCACCUUUCUGGACUUAAUCCAGAACUCAGAAAUGCCUUUCCCUCGAAAAGGUGGGAGAAAGGGCAGAAAUGGAUUUACUGCUGUUUUGUUUGUUUGUAUAUGAUUUAAUUUGUUUCUGUCUCAAAUGAAAUAAAGACCAAUACAUUUUGUGGC